UUGGAAUUAGAGUAAUAAGAAAUUAAGAAUUUAUGGAUUGUGAACCUUGUUCUCGAACUCGAAGACGAAAAUGAUGUAAAUAGUUCAAAAUAAACGCAAUUACACUGUAAUAGUGAUAAUCUAUAUGAAUAUAUGUUUUAACUAAAUUUACUAGAUAUUAUAUAUUGAGUUAAAUAAUUAAAAAAAUGGAUGAAUAUUCAAGAGAACCUUGCCCUUGGCGUAUUUUGGAUGACUCUGGCGGCGCAUUUUUGAUGGGAGCAAUCGGCGGUGGUAUCUUUCAUUCAAUAAAAGGAUUCAGAAAUGCUCCCGUUGGAUUCAGUAGAAAAAUGCUUGGUAGUUUAGCAGCUAUGAAGGAAAGGUCACCUAUUGUAGGAGGAAACUUUGCAGUAUGGGGAGGGAUGUUUUCAACGAUUGAUUGCUCACUUGUCUAUUUGAGACAAAAGGAAGAUCCCUGGAACUCUAUCAUGAGCGGUGCACUAACAGGAGGAAUCCUGGCAGCUCGAAAUGGUGUUCCGGCCAUGGCAGGCAGUGCAUUGGUUGGCGGUGUCCUUCUAGCACUAAUAGAGGGUAUUAGUAUAAUGUUUACAAGAAUAACAUCGGAGCAGUUCAAACCACAGCAGCCAAUAUUUGAAGAUCCUUCAAUUUUAGGUCAAAGCCAGGCACAGGGACAAAGUUUUUAAUAGAUGAUUUAUGUUAGAAACAAAUGACACAAGAUUGUUAAAUUAAAGUUAUGUUCGUUAAAAACAGGCAGAUCAUUGGUCUUAAAUAAUCGAGCAAUUCAACCAAACUACUUAAAACUAAUUAGCCAUUGCAUAGGACUUAGUUUUUUUUAAUUAAUAAACAUACAUUAUUAAAUGCAAACAUCUUAACUGUAUUAACUGGAGUUACAGAGUAGACAAGUUCGUCUUCAUAUGACAAAAUUAUUGGUUAUGAAUAGUUUUUGGAAUAUGAUUAUAUCUAAAAUUAACAGCCACUUUUUUUUUGGAGGGAGUUAGAGCUUAUUCCAUUAUACUGCUUCAAUCUAGGUUGGUACAUGCAUAAGUGGAAAAUUGUUGUCGCAUGCACCACCAAGCAUGAAUAACAUAUACAUGUUCUAACCAUGUCUACUCUCGUAUAAGUUCUGAUCGGGUAUAUCUUGGUAGUAAAAUGUUUGAAAGUAUAUCAUUUGUACAAAAUCAUGAAAAAAGUAUUUGUUUAAUAUAAAAUUGCAACCAAUAACUUUAAUUUUACAAUCUUGUAACAGAAUUUUCAGCACUUUGGUAUUGUUUUGUUGUUAAUUUUUUUUUUAAAUUGUCCUCAACCUAUUUUUUUGAGUGAAUUAUUUGCAUCUGUGAUAUUUUCAGUUCGAUACUGAUUGCUCAUAAUUUCACUUAACAAAUGUGAAUUUUUUGUAUUUGAAUAUGAAACGUAGUUGUCUAUGUUCAUUUUAAAUAUCAUAAUUUAUGUUAGCAAGGUUCACAUACAACAUAUUUAUUUGUUCCCCAUAUUGUUGUAGUGUUUGUAUGAAUUGUCAGAAAGCUGUUGACAAGUUUAAAUAAGAUUUAAUAAAUUUUAGAAGAUUUAUUUAUUCAUUCUUCUAUAUUAAUAUCUUACUGUCACAGUUUUUCAGAUACUAUUUUUGCUGGCUUAAAUUAUGGUGUUCCAUUUGUAAAAAUAGAUACCAAAUAAAUAUUUCAGAAAAUUU